GUUCGUUUACAAGACUCGAGUGAGCUAGUUCGGUGACCGGCGUCUUUUUACAGGUGAAUUCCUCAGCGAAUCGUGUUUUGUUAAAUAUUCCAGUUACCUGUGUAUUGUGAACUAAUAAAAAUGGCUUUCCUUCCUCUGUAUAUCGAGUAUGAGCACCCAAGGCAGCGGCCAAUACGCCCUCGUCAGCUGUCCGACCAACAUUUUGGCUUGACACCUCAAGACGUUUUGACUAUUUUGGCUCUACCUCAAAGUAACCAUGGCUACCUGCGCAAUUUAAGGAACCUUCAAGCAGCUAAUCAAGAUGUUGGUUCAUCGAUAAAGGAAGACAAAGACAAGUUCCAAAUAAAUUUGGAUGUGCAGCACUUUGCACCUGAAGAAAUUUCGAUAAAGACCGCUGACGGGUAUUUAAUCGUUGAAGCCAAGCAUGAAGAGAGACCGGAUGAACAUGGAUUCAUUUCGCGGUCGUUUACGAGAAGAUAUGCUUUGCCAGAAGGCGUUGAAGCCGAUUUAGUGACUUCAAGGUUAUCUUCCGAUGGUGUCCUAUCGAUUGUUGCGCCUCUGAAAGCACCCCCUAAAUCGGCAAACGAGAGAGUAGUUCCUAUUAUACAAACUGGCCCAGUGAAGAAACGGGAGCAAGAACAAAUUGAAGGAGAACAAAAGCAAAGCUAAGCUAGUACCAUAGAUAUCGUUGGCUAAACUUAACUGUAACAACUAUUUGAUAGUCAUUCCGUAAACCUUAAUGCAUUUAUAUUUUGUUUAACUGUGAUCUUUUUUGUUGUGUUGUUUUUCGUUAAGCAUUAUUAAACUAUAAUAAUACC